AUGUCGAAGAAGCGAAAGAGGGAAGUCGACCUCGAACUCGUCACGGUCUACGAACACCUGGCCGAUGAUGUCGAGUCUGUCCGUCUCAAGGCAGCUCAUACUCUGGUCUCGAAAAUCUUCAAGCCCGGCGUCACCAAUAACGAGCAAACCCGAACCAUCCUAACACGUCUGUUCCGUGGGUUAUGCAGUGGACGCAAGGCUGCUCGGCUCGGUUUCUCAGUCGCUUUGACUGAAUUGCUUUCCCAAUUGAGUUCGACGUUGGAAGCAGAUUCGGAGGAUGCUUUGACGGCUUCUGGGAUCCUGGACAUCCUCGAGACUCAAACCGUGCCUGAAAGCGGUACAAGCGGUCAGGAUGAACGCGAUCACUACUUUGGACGAGUGUUUGGAGCCGACGCCGUGUUCAAGUCAGGCUUGCUGUUGAAGAACCCAGAUCUGUCGGUUUGGAAGCGUCUGUUGGAUUUGAUCUGCGGUGUGGCAACGAGGAAGCCCUGGCUCCGGCAAGAAUGUGGCUGGAUCUUGGUCAACGGUCUGGUGUCUACUCGCGUCAAUCUGCCGGACGAGUUUGUGGUUGCUAUCAUCGAGAAAAUGGCCGAGCACAAACUCGUUCGCACCCCUGAGGGCGUCGCCGUAUGGCUGACGGCAGAGAGGCUGUUUCCCAACGCGAAGCUGCCAAAGUCUGUCUGGAAACACGGCGAUCCGUUGGCCAAGAAGGAUGUGGACGUCCUCGCCGAUAUCCUCAAAGAUGCCCGGUCACACUCGGACCAGGACACGGAGCUGGAAGCCCAAGGUUCUGCUAGAUGGUCAGCCAAUCUGCACUUCGCUUGGGACAUCGUUUCGAAUGAACUGUUUCGAGAUGAUGCCAAAAGCAACAAGCACCGAAUCUCUUUUGAGCUGUUCUGGGACACGGUUGUUGACAAAAGCCUGUUCUCACCCUCCAGCAGCACUGAGAGAAAAGCGUGGGGUUUCGCUGUUUGGAGAAAGGUGUUCGAGAGCGCGCCUCAAGCAGUGUUGCAACACACAUUUACACCUCAAGCGACGCGCUGUUUCGUCAAUUCUUUGAAGAGUCCGGAAAGAUUUCUUCAGAGACAUGCCAUGAGACUCUCUCAAAUAUUCCACACUCGCCUAUCCCCCAGUGACCUUAAAAGGCCUUCUCAUGGAUUGACGGGAGCUUGUAUUAAAGCCCUUCUGGACAGCGUCUCCUACGGUGACUUUGACCAGCUUACGAAAUCCAAGACUUUACAAAGUGUGCUGGACGUGAACGAUCCCAAGGUUCUUGAAGCUGCCUUCUUGACUCUACAUGCACUUCUUUUGCUGGACUCGCCGCCUGAAGAGGACCAAAAGGCCGUCUUGAUGCGGCAAAAAACACUCAUCGGCUUAGAGUUCAAGAUUGUGGCGACAUUGCUGCGACGUUCAGAACAAAAGGCAAAAACAGACAUCCCAGUUGAUCCCGAUGAUGAAGGAACUGAGCUUGCCAAAUUGAUCUUGGAUGGUUGGGCGGUAGAAGUCACCCGCCCGGAUCUUUCGACAAAACCGGAAAGUGUCUUCAAAGCCAGCAUACUCCCGGGAGCACGCGAAUUCAUGAAGGAACGCCUUGCUUUGGCUUUUGAACAAGCUCUGAGACUGGGUCGAGUUGGGGCUGACAUCUUUCAUCAUGCCGUCCUCUCUAUCUACCAACUUGAGAAGAAGGGAAAAUCGGAAGCAUCAAUGUUUGAGGAUGAUAUUCGGAACAUCGUUCAACAGGGCUGGCACAAGCUUACGAGCAUGCCCACAACUUUCACCACCUCCAAGCAACACCCUGUCAAGAAAUCUGCGGAACGCGAACGCCGCAAGAGUGGAGAUGUUGCCAAAGACAGUGCUGUGGAGAGUUUUCCAACAUUCGCAGAUGGCUUGUGUCUCCUAUAUUCUCUGGCCCUUUUCCAGAUCUAUCUCGGUGAGACAGACGCCGUGGAGAUAUUGCAGGAUCUGCUUCAACAACAGCAGCAACCCGACUCGAUCGAUGCCAUUGUCGAGAUAAUCCUCAGUUUCUCGUCCAAGCCGUCAAAGUUCCUCCGGCGGAUCUCGAUCGAAAUCUUCGAUGCCUUUGCGCCGCAUAUCACCGCCCAAGGUCUCGAGUCAUUGUGUCGUGUUCUGGAGACUAAGGAGAACGUUGAAGGCCAGCAAGAAAUGUUUCAAGCAGAAGAUGUCGUCAUGGAGGAUGGCACGAGUCCGGACUCGGACUCGGACGAGAUGGAUUCGGACGUCGAGGUCGAAUCUAUCGCGCAGGAGGAUGCCUCUGAAGGCACGUCCUCAUCUGCAGAGUCAAACGACGAGACGGCAGACGACGAAUCCGAAGAAGGCGAAGACGACGAUGAAGACGAAGAACUGGCCAAGUUCGACGCCGCCCUGGCAUCUGCCCUCGGCACCCGCAGGCUCGACCAGAACGAUGUGGCCGCGGCUUCCGACAGCUCCGAUUCUUCCGACUCGGACAUGGACGACGACGAAAUGAUGGAGCUGGAUUCGAAGCUGGCCGAGGUCUUCCGUGCGCGGAACGAGGAACAGAACAAAAACAAAAAGAAGGCGGCCAAAGAUGCGAAGGAAAACGUGGUCAAUUUCAAGAAUCGCGUGCUUGACCUGAUCGAGUCAUACCUGAAGCAUCAACAGCAGAAUCCCUUGACUGUCGACUUGAUCUUGCCUCUCUUGACGCUCAUGAGGACCACGCGGACCAAGCAACUCGCCGAUCGAACCUACGCCAUCCUGCAACUGUUCUGCUCGCGAGCCAAGGGGUUCAUCAACGUUCCAGACCUGAGCACGGAAUCUCAGGUCGCUCACGCUCUUGACAUCCUCCGAGCUGUCCAUGUCGAAGCGGCAAAGGAGUCUUCGAAUGUCCAUUCCAACGCAGCCAGUCAGACGAGCAUUCUUCUGGUCAAAGCUCUUGUCAAAGCCAACAAGAGCCAUGUCAAGGACGUGGUGGACAUUUAUGCCUCCACCAGGGUGAAGCAGCUGACCGAUAAGAGAUGCCAUAUUUCGCCAGGACUUUUCACCGACUGGAACAAUUUGUGUCAGGCUGCGAGAGAGAAGUUGGCUAAUUGA